AUGGAGUUCCAGCAGCAGGCGAUGGUUCUUAACAUCGCAACGGAUGAAUACUCCAUUUUUAUGAAAUACAUGACGGAUCUGAAUGAGUAUAUCCAGAAGGAGAUGAAGCUGUUUAAGGUCGAGACAAUUACAGAGGCGAGCGUGAAGACAUGGCACGUGGCUGAUCGUUGCUGGGAGAAGUACCCUCAUUUGAAGCCGAAAGGGUUGAAGAAGAAGGAGGAGAAGAAAGCAUACGUAAUAGCGCAGGGUCCGAUGGAGGUUCCCGGGAUGAUAGAGCCCAUCAGUAUCCUCAACCUUAUGGUAGGAAAAAAGACCGCGAAAGAAGACGACGACCCGAUGGAGCAACUCUUUUUUUUGAAGUUGCAGGUCAAGACCAGCUUGGUGUAUACCACUAUAGAUAAAGGGAGUCAGAAGAACCUGAUAUCUGAAGCAUUAGUACAGAAGUUGGGAUUGAAGACGGUGAAGCAUCCGAAGCCCUAUCCAUUAGGAUGGAUUCAGAAGAAAGCGGGAUUGAGUGUGGUAAGGAUUCGGGGGGAAGACACUUGGAAGACGGCGUUCAAGACCAAACAAGGCAUAUUCGAGUGGUUGGUGAUGUCGUUUGGGUUAUGCAAUCCUCCGGUGACUUUUAUGAGGCUCAUGAAUGAUUUGUUGUGA